GCGGCUCUGACGUCAUCAUCCGGCGUUCGGACGAUGGUGGCGGGCGCCUUCCCCAUCGCCAAGCUGCUGACCCUCGGCGCCCGCCAGCUCAGCCGCCCGCUGGCCGCCCGCAUCAAGGCCGGGGCCCGCGCCAGCCCCUUCUUCCGGACCUACAUCUGCCUGCCGCCUGCACAGCUGUACCACUGGGUGGAGAUGCGCGCCAAGAUGCGGAUCAUGGGCUUCCGCGGCGCCGCCGUCAAACCGCUGAACGAGGAGGCGGCGGCCGAGCUGGGGGCCGAGCUACUGGGGGAAGCCAUCGUGUUCGGCGUGGGGGGGCUGUGCCUCUACCUCGAGUACUCCCGGCAGGCGGGGCAGGCGCGGCGCCGCGAAGAGGAGCAGGCCGCGGCCCUGCGUGACAUGGCGGCGGCGCUAGAGCGCAUGCGCGGAGAGCUGGACGCGCUGCUGGCCGAGAGGGGCGGGGCGACGCCAAGCCCCGCCCCCACGCAGAGCCCCGCCCCUAACCCAAGCCCCGCCCCCGCAGCACAGCUCGUCCCCGCCCAUUAAAGCGCCCCCGCGCUCUUCCCGGCGGCGGGCGGUGAGGAAGGGGGCGUGGCCGCGGCGCGGGGGCGGAAGGGGCGGGGUUAAUAAACGUAGGGGCGUGGCUUUGUCCAUA